CUUAGCUGAAAGCUCCCUCUUGAACAAGCUCAUCCGCACGUCCCUCGUGGAGUCCAGCCAUCACGUCGAGAUCCUGCAGCAGGACCCCACCUCACCGCUGUUUUCCGUCAAAACCUUCGAAGAGCUGCCCCUGAAAAACGAGCUCUUACGAGGGAUUUACAACAUGGGCUUCAACAGACCGUCCAAAAUCCAGGAGACGGCUCUGCCGAUGAUGCUGGCGCAUCCGCCCCAAAACCUGAUUGCGCAGAGCCAGUCGGGGACGGGGAAAACUGCAGCUUUCGUCUUGGCCAUGUUGAGCAGAGUUAACGCUGCCGAGAGAUACCCGCAGUGCCUCUGCUUGGCUCCAACCUUCGAGCUGGCCCUGCAGAUUGGGCGCGUGAUUGAGAAGAUGGGGCAGUUUUGUGUUAGCAUCAAAGUUACGUACGCCAUCCAAGGAAACAGAGUUCCUCAUGGCACCAUGCUGGAGGAGCAGAUUGUCAUCGGGACGCCCGGCACGGUGCUGGACUGGUGUUUCAAACGCAGAGUGCUCAACCUGAAGAAGAUCAGCGUGUUUGUGCUGGAUGAAGCCGACAUAAUGAUCGACACUCAGGGCUUCUCAAGCCAAAGCAUUCGCAUUCAGAGGGUUUUACCCAAGGACUGCCAGAUGCUGCUUUUCUCCGCAACCUUCAAGAAGACAGUGUGGAAGUUUGCGACGCAGAUCAUCAGCAACCCCAUCGUAAUAAAGCUCCGUCAGGAAGAGCUCACCCUGAGCACGAUCAGGCAGUACUACUUCGUGUGCGAGAACAGAGUGGAGAAGUACAGAGCCCUGUGCAACAUCUACGGCAGCAUCACCAUCGGCCAGGCUAUAAUCUUCUGCCAGACGCGGAAGAUCGCGGAGUGGCUGUCGCUGGAGAUGACCGAGGACGGACACCAGGUAGCCAUGCUGACGGCCGAGCUGACAGUUGAGCAGCGGGCCAACGUGAUCCAGAGGUUUCGCGAUGGGAAGGAAAAGGUCCUCAUCACCACCAACGUCUGCGCUAGAGGGAUUGACGUGAAACAAGUCACCAUAGUGGUGAACUUCAACCUCCCCGCCAACCUGAAGAAACAGCCCGAUUUCGAGACCUACCUGCACCGCAUCGGGCGAACGGGCCGCUUUGGGAAAAAGGGCAUAGCCUUCAACAUGGUCGAAAGCCGCAACUUGUACCUCUUGCGCAUGAUAGAGGAGCAUUUCCAGACCGAGAUCAAGAGGCUGGACCCGGAUGACAUGGACGAGCUCGAGAAGAUUGACGAGUGAAGAGCGGGCCUUCGCUUCUCUGCGGUCAGUUUGGGGUUUAAAAGAAGAAAAAAUUAAGGUGACGUUUUCCAGUUUCCUUCCUGAAGAUGCCCAUUUUUGUUGUGCUGUUUUAGAAGGCGGAGGGGAAAACCCCUCAGGCCCAAAAACUCUUGUGGUUGUUUUCUGUGUUUUACCUCGGAGGCUCUAAGAGCCGCUACUUUGCCUGGCUUGAUGAAGCGCUUGAGAACACGCAGGGACUUGAAAUGGGGUGAGUCGCCUCAAAACCGGAUCUAGGCGCAUGCAGAGUGGACAAAAACUAGUAACCUGCCCAAUAAAUCUGCCGCUAGUCAGCAAGUAGCAACAGCGGCUCGUGCAGCAUCGGUGGCAGCAGUGUUUCUGGCACAGGAGUCACCGAGAAAACUUCCAACAACGCCCGAAAACCAGGAGAAGGGAGCGAGGUAUACAAAUAAUCCGAUCCCGCUAGAUGGCAGCAUGAAUUCGUAACGGAGCCGCCAGCCGGAGCUGCGAUCCCAAAUCCUCUCUGGGACCCGAAACGCAAACUCCACGCGGCGUUUCAGACCGUGUCGGUGGGUGAUGUUAGUCCUCCGGGGGGAGGGGGGUCAUACACCCCCCAGCCCGGCUCUCGCAGCCCCGACCCGGGGAUUUAUUUGCAGCCGCUGGGUUUGGCAAGUUGC